UGCGUAGGCUGCGUGUGAUUCUGUCUGUUGUCUGCAGAAGUGGUACAGCCCACGCGGAUCGGUCGCUAUGGAGAGCAGCUCCCCAGGAGCGCGAGCCAGCCAGACAGAGCAGCGACAAGCGAGGAGGAAGGAUCAGAGAGUGCCAAAGCGCACAAACAGACAGGAAUCAUGGAGAAGAGAUCACCGCUAGAGAGGACUUUGCCAUCUAACGGACUGCGACUGUUAGCAUCACUUCUCACCUUUUACGGACUUUCCUGUGUGAGCAGUAACCAGGUGCUUGUCCCCGAGAAAGUGAAUGCAGUGCUGGGGAAGAACAUCACACUGAGCUGCAGAAUAGAGGUGGGCUCCAACCUCACACAGAGCUCCUGGGAACGUCGUCUCCCUUCAGGCACCAUUACCUUGGCAGUGUUCAACCCCGAGUUUGGAACCUCCAUCUCUCCAGAAUACACCAAGCGCAUCUCAUUUGUUUCCCCCUCUGUACGAGAUGCUUCCAUUACCAUUGAAGGAGCUGGCUUUGCAGAUGUCGGGUCCUACACCUGCAAAGUGGUAACAUUUCCUCUGGGCAAUACACAAGCAUCAACCUACGUUAAUGUAUUAGUGGAGCCAAAGGUGUAUGUGUCUGCUGGCCCCACAGCUCUGCUGGAUGGCGGGAACGAGUCGCUGGUGGCCACCUGCAUAGCAGAGCGUGGCCGUCCCGCCGCUGAGGUAUUCUGGGAGACGGAGCUUUAUGGACGAAGUGAGAAACAAAGUCAGGAUGAGCCCAACGGCACCACCAGCGUACAUGUGCGCUACCUGUGGCCACCGCAGAGCUACGCACAGGGGAAGACCCUCACCUGUGUGGUGCGCCACCCGGCCUUGCAAACGGAGUUCCGCAUACCCUUCAUACUAAAUGUUCAGUUUGCUCCAGUGGUAUCGAUAAUAGGAGUUGACAAAAAUUGGUAUGUGGGUCAAGAGAAUGUGAAGUUCACCUGUGGAGCCAAAGCCAACCCACCUGCCCGUGAAUUCACAUGGACCAGGUUGGAUAGAUUGAUGCCCGAGGGUGUUGAGAAAUCAAACAAUAGCUUUGCUUUCACUCGCCCGUUGGAGCGCAAUGACUCCGGCGUGUACCGCUGUGUAGUGAUAAACGACAUCGGUUUCCACAGUCAAGAUGUAACCCUCUACGUACAAGAUCCUCCCCCCACCACGGCCGCCCCCAGCACCACUGCAUCGCUCCUCCGUGACACCUCUGGAUCCGGCACCGCCGCGGACGAGCGGAUAGCCCUGUUUACCUCCCCGACCCUGGCAUCCCUACCCGAAGGCAGCCUGGGCACUAUUGUCGGUGGGGCCGUAGGUGGUGUUUUAUUCCUGAUUCUGUUGCUGAUUCUCGGUGGGGCUUGCUUCAUGCGACAGCGCAGGACCUUCCGAGGAGACUACUAUACCAAACAGUACCUGGGACCCUCGGACAUGCAGAAGGAGUCCCAGCUGGACGUGCUGCAGCCGCACGAGCUGCAGGAGGUCUAUGGGGACAAGACAAGCAAAGGCAGCCAGGAGCUGAAACCCAAAUUGGGCGGAGACAUCAUCUACCCCGACUACAUCCCCGACCACAAGGAUAGGGACGACUGGGCCGACAAGGGGGGGGUCCACAGGGGCCUCAAGGAGGGAAACUACUACCCAGAUCACUACAACACCCAGAACAUGCACCCCUGCGGGCCUCCUGUGCACAGCACCAUAGUGGCCAACGGCUCCCCCUACCUCCCGGAGGACUGCUAUGACAAUGGUACAGACAGCGACUACGUGUCCCACAUGGACGGAUCUGUGAUCUCACGCAGGGAGUGGUAUGUUUGAGGAGAAGAGCGAAGGAGGGAAAAAAACCCAGACGAAAUUCAAACGACUGAUUGAGAAUGAUUUACCAAGUGACAGAUAUAAAUAUCGUUAAAGGUGUGUUAUUUCAGUUAAAGGAUGAAUACAAUUUCACAGCUGAGUUACACAACGAGCUCUUUGAACAAUACUGCUCUGCCUUGAUUGUAACCACUUAACCUUAAUGACGUGUAUGUGGAUUGUAUUACACUUUUGUAGCUUUUCAAGGAGCUACAAAUACGUUGGAAUGCCUCAGUGAUAUUAUCUGUGGCUGAUAUUAUCGGGCUUAAGAGGCUUUGGCAUACAGUGAAGUUUGGACGGAUGUGAAUGAGGUUUUGUAUUCUGCUUGUUUGUGUCUUCAACACAGGCCAGGUGUUCAGACCCUUGUUAGUGAAGUAUUUAUAUCCCUGACCGAUGGAGCUCUGCUCUCAUAAAACCUUACAACUUCUGUGGCAUUUUUCAAAAUGGCCUCUUGAUUGCUUAGGACGUUUUGAUACUGUUGAAAUGUUCAUCAUGGCUGCAACCAGUAUUUAAAGCAAAUUAUAUUGCAUGUGUUUUUUGAAAACAAGAUGUAUCAUCACGUAAAAGGGAAGGUUUGUCAGUCACGUGAUUUAAAAGGGAGAAUCACACUGACAAACAAACUGACUGAUGCUAGUACAUUACAAAGAAAAUCCUCUUGUUAACCUCUGCUUAGUUCUUCAGUGGCUUUUUCAUACUCGCCGUAUCUUCAGUCAGUUAUCCAGCCUGUCAGCUGACAGAGAGAGGCCACUCCCUGUGAAGGUUCUUUUACUUUUAGCUUCAGUUCAGCUUAUUUAUUUUACAGAUAUCUCUCUCCCAUGGUUACCGUAGUGACAGCACGUGUGGUUGAAUACUGCAGCAGACACUCCUUGAGCAGCUACUUUUUACAGGAGCAGCAACUGGUGAAUCUUGUUAAAGGUCACAUGACAUGGUGAUCUUUGGAUGCUUUAAUAUAGACCUUAGUGGUCCCCUAGUACCAUAUCUGUCUCUUUCCCAAAAUUCAGCCUUGGUGCAGAAUUACAGCCACUAGAGCUAGUCCCACAAUGAGCUUUCCUUAGUAUGUCCAUAUCCAUUUAUGAGUCUGUUGCUUUUGAGGAGGGGGGGGCAAGGUGGAGACUGGGGGUGUGGCCUUGUCCAACUGCCAUUUUGCUCAUUUAAAAGCCUUGAUGUCUCUCUCAUGGGUGGGCCAAAUUCUCUGGUUGGGUAAAGCAGAGAAAGGGGAGGUAACCUUGCCUCUUAUGACCUCAUAAGGGGGAAGAUUCCAGAUUGGCCCAUCUGAGCUUUAAUUUUCUCAAAGGCAGAGCAGGAUACCCAGGGCUCGGUUUACACCCAUCACCAUUUUUAGCCACUGGGGGACCUUAGGCAGGUUGGGGGACUCAUAGUUAUGUUAUUCAUUUAAUGUUAUUCACCUCAAAAUGAAAUUUUCAUGCCAUGGGACCUUUAAAAAAAAAAAAAAAAA